UAGGGCUGAGGGGGCCAGGCCGCAGCUUCGAGGCCCGGCACUACCGCGGUCUCGGGUCUGGAGUGGGAGUCGCAGGUGCAGGAGAGGGAGGGGCAAGGGGCGCCUUUCUACUGCACUUUUUUUUGCAUUCAGGAGAUUGCCUAGCUGCAAUCUAGAGAGGUUUGCAUGAGCUUCGAGUCUGCCUGACAAGUGAGGAAAUGAGGCCAAGAAGCGGGAAGGGUUGCCAUCUGCUGGGCCACGCCACCUGCUAAGGGAAGGCCGGGAACCAAGGCCUCGGGGGUCUGCGUUCCCAGGACCGCUCGGUGGGCGUGGGGAGCAAGGGCCCUGCUCCGUUCCCUCGAGACUGCAGAAGGCUCUCUGAGGGGAGGAGCUCAGGACGCAGAGGAGGAGCCAAGUCCGCCCCAGGAGCGGGGACCCGAUCCUCGGGGAUAAAACGCAGACCCCGGGAGGAACCCCGUCAGCCAGGCGGGCAGAAAGCUCCGGGAGCAGCCUCAUGGAAGACAAGCAGAUCCUGUGCGUGGGGCUAGUGGUGCUGGACAUCAUCAAUGUAGUGGACAAGUACCCGGAGGAGGACACGGACAGCAGGUGCUUGUCCCAGAGAUGGCAGCGUGGAGGCAACGCAUCUAAUUCCUGCACCGUCCUCUCCCUGCUUGGAGCCCCCUGUGCCUUCAUGGGCUCGCUGGCCCCGGGCCAUGUUGCCGACUUCCUGGUGGCCGACUUCAGGCAGCGGGGCGUGGAUGUGUCUCAGGUGGCCUGGCAGGGCAGAGGGGAAACCCCAUGCUCUUGCUGCAUCGUCAACAACUGCAAUGGCUCCCGCACCAUUGUGCUCUACGACACGAACCUGCCAGAUGUGUCUGCUGCGGACUUUGACAAGGUUGAUCUGACCCGGUUCAAGUGGAUCCACAUCGAGGGCCGGAAUGCAUCGGAACAGGUGCAGAUGCUGCAGCGGAUAGAACAGCACAAUGCCAGGCAGCCUCCAGGUCAAAAGAUCCGAGUGUCCGUGGAAGUGGAGAAGCCCCGAGAAGAGCUGUUCCAGCUGUUUGGCUAUGGAGACGUGGUGUUUGUCAGCAAAGAUGUGGCCAGGCACUUGGGGUUCCGGUCAGCAGUGGAGGCCCUGAGGGGCCUGUAUGGUCGUGUGAGGAAAGGGGCUAUGCUAGUCUGCGCCUGGGCUGAGGAGGGCGCUGAUGCCCUGGGCCCUGACGGACAGCUGCUUCACUCGGAUGCUUUCCCUCCACCCCGGGUGGUGGAUACUCUGGGGGCCGGAGACACCUUCAACGCCUCAGUCAUAUUCAGCCUGUCCCAGGAUAUGCGCGUCUGAAGCCCUGAGCUGCCGUGGAAGAAGUCUGGCGUCCCUGAAGCUACCACGCCGAAAAGACUGGAGAAACCACAGACAGCGAGAUGUCUGAGGAGCCUCGGCUGUUCUGGCCUUCAGCCGCUCACAUCUCCCCAGCCCGAGGACCAUCCAGGAGAAAGAGCAAACCUUCAGGUGAUUCCGACCCCCAGCUUUCCAGGUGCCCCAGCCCACACUGAAUGGAGCAGAAAUGUGCUUGUCUCCAUACCCCUGCCCAGACGGCACGCUCGUGAGCAAAGUCAAAGUUAUUGUUUUCAGCCACUAAGUUUCGAGGCGGUUUGUUAAAGUUGCCUGAGUAAUCUGAACUGCGUGUGACCUGGGCAGUCACACAGGGGCCCAGCUCUCGGAGGGGCCCUGUGCUUAGUGUAAUACUCUGCUGUC